CACGCAUUGUCUACAAACGUAGCAAUGAAGAAACUCUCACAAACCUGACACAACUCUCUCUCUCUCUCUCUCUCUCUCUCUCAAAACAUCUUUAAUUGAAUCCCAAAAAUAGAAUCCCAAUUCCUUAUUUCCUCUCUUUCCUCUUUCAGCAGCAAGUUACAAAAGCAGAGUCUUUAACUAGUUUUAGCAAAGAUUUUUCACUAAAGAAACUGACUUUGUAGUGAAUUGUUUAGUGCUAUUUGUGGGGUUUUGUUGAUUUGAAUAACCCUUAAAGGAAUUUGUUGUUGUUCUUCUAUUUGGUAAGUUUCUUGCCAAAUUUAACUUUUGCUCUGUUUUUGCUCUGUUUUCUGCUUGGUGAUUUUCAAUAGCUGAGCCAAGAUUUCAUUUUUCCAAUUCAAGCUUUUACCUUUCUGCUGAGCUUUUACAAUUUGGACUGAAAUAAUAGUGAAUUCAGAUUAUUUCCGAUUAUUUGAGCCUUUUUUAGUAUAGCAGCCACUUGGAUAUACUCACUCUCUUUGUGUCUCUCUUUCCCUCUCAGUUGUUCUUAGUACUUUGUCAAUAGUUCAUUUAAGAGCAAGGUCUGUGUAUGUACUAUCCUUCCCAUACCCCACCCGUGGAAUAUUAUCCUCCUCAGACCCCACCUGUUACACUGUAUUUGUUGUUGUUGAUCCAACCUACACCCCUCCUAUGGAAUACUACCCUCCCCGGACCCCAUAUGUGGAAUUAUAGUGUUUGUCGUUGUUGAUCCUCCCCGGACCCCACCUGCGGAAUACUACCCUCCCCAGAUCUCACCGGUGGAAUUAGACUGUCUUUGUUGUUGUUUAUUUAUUGGAAAGUUUGUGUCUUGAUUCAAAAAGUAUUAUUCAUUCAACCACCCUGAGGUGUGUGAAGUGAACUUUUUUUAAUACUUUUGAACCAACAUUUACUAUUUAUUAGUUUGUGAAAAUGUUACAAGAUGAUGGUUCAUCAUCUGUGACAUCAUCAUCACCUAUUCAAAUAUUUCCAAUAAUGUCACUAUCACCUGGUUUUAGUUCAUCAAAUCAGUGGCUUAAGGAGCUGAAAUCUGAAGAAAGAGGGUUGUAUUUAAUACACCUUUUACUUGCUUGUGCUAAUCAUGUUUCUUGUGGUAGUCUUGAAAAUGCUAAUAUAGCACUUGAUCAUAUUUCCCAACUUGCUUCUCCUAAUGGAGAUACUAUGCAAAGAAUUGCUUCACAUUUUACUGAGGCAUUAGCUGAUAGGAUUCUUAGAAGUUGGCCUGGUAUUUAUAAGGCAUUGCGUUCGACUAAGUUAUCGGUUGUCUCAGAAGAUAUUUUAGUUAGGAAGAUGUUUUUCGAGUUCUUUCCUUUUUUGAAGGUUGCUUUUGUGGUUACAAAUCAAGCUAUAAUUGAAGCUAUGGAAGGUGAAAAGAUGGUUCAUAUUGUUGAUCUUAAUGCUGGUGAACCCUUGCAAUGGCGCGCAUUGCUUCAGGACUUAAGUGCGCGUCCUGAAGGACCGCCUCAUUUGCGCAUAACGGGGGUUCAUCAGCAAAAAGAAGUGUUGGAUCAAAUGGCAUAUGUACUUACUGAAGAAGCAGAAAAGUUGGAUAUACCUUUUCAGUUUAAUCAAGUAGUUAGCCAAUUGGAAGAUCUUGAUGUUGAGAAAUUGCGCGUUAAAACUGGGGAGGCGCUUGCGAUUAGUUCAGUUAUGCAAUUGCACACUCUUCUUGGACACGACAAUGAACCUCAAAAGAAGUCCCCUUUGCCUUUUAAGCAUUCAAAUGGUGUUAACUUGCAUAGGGCAUUGAUCAACCAAAAUACCUUAGGGGAGUUGCUUGAAAAAGAUAUGGGCCAUAUGGCUAAUGGUUAUAGUCCGAGCAAUGACACGGCUUCAUCGUCCCCGCUAUGUUCAACAACAAAAAUGGAUGGUUUCCUCAAUGCUUUGUGGGGUUUAUCACCAAAAGUUAUGGUGGUAACAGAACAAGAUUCUAAUCAUAAUGGAACAACUCUUAUGGAGAGGUUAUCGGAGUCGUUACAUUAUUAUGCUGCAUUAUUUGAUUGUCUAGAAUCCGCAUUGCCAAGAACAUCAUUGGAGAGGUUAAAGGUGGAAAAAAUGCUGUUAGGUGAGGAGAUUAAGAACAUUAUAGCAUGUGAAGGACUCGAACGAAAGGAGAGGCACGAGAAGCUCGAAAAAUGGUUCCAAAGAUUUGAUGUAGCUGGUUUUGGAAAUGCGCCUUUGAGUUAUUAUGCUAUGUUGCAGGCAAGAAGGUUGUUGCAAAGUUAUAGUUGUGAAGGAUACAAGAUCAAAGAAGAGAAUGGUUGUGUGGUGAUUUGUUGGCACGAUCGAGCUCUUUUUUCAGUGUCAUCUUGGAGAUGUAGGAAGUAAGACUAGACUUAGUUCUUAUUAUGAAGUUUUAAUUAUCUCUUCUGUUUCUUUUGUAACAUAAUUUGUAGGAUGAACUUUUGUUAGUGAGACUGUCAUUGACAUGUUUUGAGUUAUUCUAUUUUUUUUUUGGGGGGGGAAAGGGAGCCUUGGCGUAACUGGUAAAGUUGUUGUCAUGUGUGACCUGGAGGUUACGGGUUCAAGCGGCGGAAACAACCUCUUGCAGAAAUGCAGGGUAAGCGUACAAUAGACCCUUGUGUUUAUGGGAUCAAUAUUCUAAAAUGGUGAAUUUCUUUUGA